GUAGGGCGUGUCAUGACUUCGCCAUCCUAGGAAAUAGUAUCAACAGAGCACAGUGCAGGUUGGACACACAGGAACAUUUCUCUGAAGAAAGGACUCCAACCAGUCGACUAUCAACAUGAACACAGAUCCUGUUGUCAUCGUCUCUGCCGCACGGACACCAAUCGGGUCCUUGAACGGUGCUCUGUCCACGGUACCUCUGCAUGACCUGUGUUCAGUGGUGAUCAAGGACGUUCUAAAGAGGGCUGGGGUGAAGCCAGAGGAGGUCUCUGAGGUUAUCAUGGGACACGUCCUAACAGCAGGUCACGGACAGAACCCGGCACGUCAGGCCAGCGUUGGGGCAGGUAUCCCCUACCCUGUCCCGGCCUGGAGCUGCCAGAUGGUGUGUGGCUCCGGGCUGAAGGCUGUGUGUCUGGCAGCUCAGUCCAUCCAGGCUGGAGAGUCUACUGUGGUGGUGGCAGGGGGCAUGGAGAGUAUGAGCAGGGCUCCUCACACACUGCAAAUGAGAGCAGGAGUGAAGAUGGGUGACGCCUCCCUGCAGGACUCCAUGGUGGCUGACGGUCUGACAGAUGCCUUUCAUAACUACCACAUGGGCAUCACAGCUGAGAAUGUGGCAAAGCAGUGGGGUGUCAGUCGAGAGGAGCAGGACCUGUUCGCUGUCCAGUCCCAGAACAAAACAGAGGCUGCGCAGAAAGCAGGACAUUUUGAUCAAGAGAUUGUCCCCGUCAUGGUGCCGUCCAGAAAAGGUCCAGUGGAGGUGAAGGUGGAUGAGUUUCCUCGUCAUGGCAGCAACAUGGACAGCAUGUCCAAACUCAGACCCUGCUUCAUAAAGGACAGCAGCGGCACCGUCACCGCUGGCAACGCCUCAGGUAUAAAUGAUGGAGCAGCAGCGACUGUCCUAAUGAGCCAAUCAGAGGCUGCGAGGCGCGGCGUAAAACCCAUGGCCAGAAUUGUAUCGUGGGCUCAAGCUGGCCUUGACCCAUCCAUCAUGGGAACUGGGCCAAUACCAGCCAUCAGGAAAGCGGUGGAGAAAGCGGGCUGGCAGCUAGACCAGGUUGACUUGUUUGAGAUCAAUGAAGCGUUUGCUGCUCAGUCUGUUGCUGUGGUCAAAGAGCUGGGUCUGAAAGGAGACAAGGUGAAUGUGAGUGGCGGCGCCAUUUCUCUGGGUCAUCCUAUCGGUAUGUCUGGCUGCAGAGUGCUGGUGACCCUGUUGCACGGACUACAGAGGACCGGAGGCUGUAAAGGCGUGGUGUCCCUCUGCAUCGGAGGAGGAAUGGGCAUCGCCAUGUGUGUGGAGAGAGUUUGAGACGAUAAUAUGAUGCUGCUUUACAGAAUGCACUUAAUCUCAUGUUUUUAAAUGGAGAAGGGACACUGACACUGUUUACACUACAGGUACGAUAUAUAUAUACACGAUAAUGUUUACCUGGGUUCUUCCAGUCACUGUACUUGAGGUAAAAGUGAUGGUUUUUAUUGUGAUUGUUGGAUCCUGUCCAACAGUGGCUUUCAAUUCUCACUGUGAAAAACUUAAAUUUAAAUUCAACCCUCCUCAGGUUAGAUGUGUACAAUGUGAAUUAAUACAAUGGUUCUCAGAGUGACGUCUGGGGACCCCCAAAGAGGGGAUUAAUUUAACUACAAUUCCAUCCAUAAGUGACACAAGGACAGAAUGUAUGACUAUUAUCAUGGGUUUCAUACACUUUCUGUAAUAAAACACCUAAAAGCAAAACUCUUAUCAGAUUUCGGACCCUGGGACAUAAUCUUAUGAAAUUGGGGUCUGUGGUCUAAUUUGUUUCUGUUAGGGGUCCUUGACAUGAAAAAGUUUGAGAACCACUGACUUUAAUAUCGGAGGAUUUUAGGUCUUGUCACUAUAGAUAUGUAAAUCUAAUGUAUACUGACAGCUUCAACAUUAAGCAGUAGUAACUUAAAAUUGUUUGUAUAACCUGGUGUUAGGUGUGCUUAAGUAGCGACAAAGAGUCGAUGAAGAGUGGACGAUCUCCAUGUAAAACCAGCUGUGUUCAGUUACCAGUACUACUCUAACUGAUAUAAGUGGAAUACUAAAUGUAUUAGUUCACAGUAUAGACAGGCUCUGGAGGACAUGCUACCUUCUCUGUUGAGCAUAGUUUUGCAACUACUGGUGUAAUUUAUUUUAAGUCAUUCAAUAGAUUUAACUUGCUCUAAACACAAAUCUGAUACCUUUUUAACAUUCCAAUUGAUUGAUGGACCUUGUUUCUCUGAUCAAUUGUGCAGACAACAGCCUUCAACUACAGCUAAGUGCCAUGAGGUUAAGUAUGCUAGCCUUCCUUACCCGAGUGCUUCCUGUACAUAGACAGAUGUUAUGAAAAUGUUUCCUGUAAUCUAGCUGUUGAACAUAUCAAUAAAAGAACUCCAAGCCAUAGAGUCAAGUACUUAUUUCACUUUUUUACUGAAGCCGGCACAAUAACCACAUAUAGCCAUUUUGAAUUACCAAAUCAACGGUCAUUUACAGCCAUUGGUGGUUUAUUAAGUGUCCAAAAAAAAACAA